AUGGGCUGCUUUUUUUCUACAGCUUCAUCUGGGAUCCAUACGGAUUUAUAUCGCGAACUUGAGAAAACAAGGAUAGAACGGCAGUUAGCAAUAGCUCAACUUCUCGAGCAACGUCGACAUGCAUAUAAGCUCGCUGAGGAACGCGAGAAGUUGAACUGGACUGCUUCAGGUGGAGGCAUUAUGAUGGUGUUCUGCGCACUCGCUUCAUAUCACCACAAGAACAUGUUGCCCUUGUUACCAGUGUUCCCUACCAUAGGCUACCUGGGUUAUAAAGCACAUUACUGUUACGGAAAUAAAACAAAUAUAAUCAACGGUCUGUCCCAGCUUUAUUUUCCCUCCUAUUCCACCCUCAGUGCAGGAUGUACGAAAUCGAAUGAAGGAACUGAAAGAACUGAAACGGGAAGAGGACUUGUUUUUGUGACGUCAUUGAUCCGGCGAUUCUGUUCUUUGUUCUACGAGUUUUCGAGUUUUGGAGCUUUCGUAAGGUGUCAUCGCGCUCCUUCUAUGUUUCAGAUGGGACAAACGAUAUCCACAGGAGGAAGUAACGCUGCGGAGCUCAAAAUGCUCAAUGAUGAUUUUAUUGAAGCCGAAGUUGUGCUGAAGAACCUGCAAGCUGCACACCAGCGGGCUGUCGAGUUGAUUGAACGACAAGAACGCUUCACAUGGGAAUUUCUUGGCAUCGGCACUAUGGCAGUCGUUCUUCUAGCAGCCGGUGCCUUCAGUAAAAGAAAGUAUAUUCAGGAUUUUGCCAUUCCCAUUGCACCGCUUGUUAUGGGACUGGGAUAUAGGUAUGACUGCGCUUUUGGAACGAAUCACGAGCAAGUCAGAGAUAAUGCUGAGGCCAUGAUAAAGAGAAAAGAUGACCGAAUAAGAAUGGUUGGAGGACCUCUGACGCUCAGCGAAGUUGAUGCAUAUCGAGAACGGCAUUUUCGAUAA